GUUUCUGCCUUUUUUGGAGUCAUUGACUAUUAGAUGUGGACGAGUACGUGUCUCCACAUGUUGUGCGACAAUGUGACUUUACAAGGAGAUGAGGGCCAAUAAUCGGGGAUUCAAAUCCAAAUCUGGAAGCGUUAAAACAAUCGCUGCGUUUUGUAGUGCGAUCUCGUUUUAAUAAUUCUGUAGGGAGGCCUAGAUCGAGAAAGAAACACAAAAUGCUGGCGGUGUUUGACAAAUCGGUGGCGAAGGGCCCAGAGGCUCUGCAGAGUCCGCAGUCGGGUGCGGUUUCGGCAAUGAAAGAUGGGUUCUUGUCUAACCACUUUGUCUCUCUGAAUCCUGGUGCUGUCACUGUCAAUCUUGGGUCUGCUGGCCUCAUGGCGUACUCUGUUAGCAAGCAAAACCCACUUCUUCCCAGAUUGUUUGCUGUAGUGGACAAUAUUUUCUGCUUGUUUCAAGGCCACAUUGACAAUAUUGCUCUUCUCAAGCAACAAUAUGGGCUAAAUAAAACAGCAAAUGAAGGGACUAUCGUUAUAGAAGCUUAUAGAACUCUAAGAGAUCGGGGUCCUUAUCCGGUUGACCAAGUUGUGAGAGAUAUUCAAGGGAAGUUUGCAUUUAUCCUCUAUGACUGCUCCUCGAAAGCAACAUUCUUCGCUGCUGAUGCUGAUGGGAGUGUGCCCUUUUUCUGGGGAACUGAUGCUGAAGAGUGUCUUAUCCUUUCUGAUGAUGUGGAUAUCAUUAAGAAAAUGUGUGGGAAAUCUUUUGCACCAUUCCCUAAAGGAUGCUUCUUUACAUCUUCUGGAGGCUUGAGGAGCUACGAGCACCCGCUGCAUGAGUUGAAACCAGUGCCUAGGGUGGACAGUUCAGGCCAGGUUUGUGGUGCAACAUUCAAAGUGGAUUCGGAGACCAAAAAGGAAAGUAGCAUGCCAAGAGUUGGGAGCGCUGCGAAUUGGUCAUCAAACUACUGAGCUCAUUACUUCUUUCCAGCAAGGCUUUUUUACUUAACAGAACUUAUCAGUCAUUCUGAUUCAUAUUUCCCAACUUCUUUCCCAAUCAAUGACUUAUAACUGCUGCCACCAAUAGUUACCAAACUUCAUAUUAAACUUGUUAUUUUCCAAAUCGUGGCAGCAGUUUAUGCAGCUGUAUGUAUGUUUUGCUUACUUGGAGUCAGAACAACUUGACAAGCUCAAAUGGCUUUUGGCGUAUGGUAAAUAAUGGUUAAUUUGCUUUUACCCUUGAGCGCUA